CCACGAUCGAAAACUUUAGGACAUAUAGUGAGAAGUACGCAAUUUCGAUUGUGGAGAUGUGAACUUCAUUUCCGUUGCCAUGAAGCCUCUUAUUGUGCAAGGUAAAUACCAGCUACGCCGUCGAUUGGGCGUUGGCGCGUUUGGAGAAGUGUAUGAAGGUCAUGACCUCGAAACGAAUGAUCUAGUGGCUCUCAAACUCGAGGACGACAGAGCCUUUCGCUCACACCUCAGAAAUGAAAUCGAAAUCUACAAAGCCCUCGCUGGUGGCAGUGGCAUCCCUCGAGUAUACUGGUUUGGGUCUGGAGGCCAGUUCAAAGUAAUGGCAUUCGAGCUCUUGGGCCCAAGCCUGGAGGACCUUUUGCGUUUUUGCGGUCGGAGAUUCUCACUGAAGACCGUGCUGUUGCUUGCAGACCAGCUCAUUUCUCGCUUCCAAUAUAUUCAUUCAAAGGGUUACAUCCACAGAGAUAUCAAGCCGGAUAAUCUACUCAUGGGAACCGGGACGCAAGGCAAUAUUGUCUAUGUGAUAGAUAUUGGUAUUGCCAAAGAGAUAGAAUAUAACGAUUGGCAUAAAUACAAAAUGGUCGGCACGGCACCAUAUGCCAGCAUAUGCGCACAUCAGGGAAAAGAGCAAUUACCACACGAUGACAUGGAAGCUCUUGGUUACGUUUUACUGUACUUGCUCAAAGGUUCACUUCCCUGGCAGGACUUAAAGGGCGAUUCUGAGGAAACAGAGAAUAUGAUCCUGGAAAGGAAGCUGGCAGCAGAGAAGGAGCGGACAGCAAAGGAGCAGUCCAACAAACACAGCCUUUUUUACGAUGUUCCCGUCGAGUUCAAACAGUACUUUGAGCUCAUUCGCCGAGACAAGAAACUGGACUAUGGACGUCUAAAACGGUUGUUUCGCGGGUUGUUUCACCGCCAGAACUUUGAGUAUGACCAUGUCUUUGACUGGACUGUAAUAUUAUUCCUAGAGAAACUGGACGCAGAGAAGCGGGAGUCAGAGGUAGCACAGAACUUGCAAGAGUCAGAGACAGAACAGGACGCGCAGGAGUCAGAGUAA